GUCGUCGCUAAAACUCCAGUUUUUCUUUGCAAAAAUCAAUCCCACAAUCCCCACACACCGGCGGUGUAUUCAUUUGAAUGGUACAACUGUGAAACGCUAGCGAGCCUGCACAGAGCGGAGUUACUCUUGAGUUUAACCAGUUUUUCACGUUUUGGAUUUACACAUCUGAGGAGACCUCGUGACACUUCACAAAAUGAUGCGGUUGGUAUUUCACUUUACUGUUUAAAUGGUUGUCCCUUAUUAUGGCAGCUGGUAAGCAUGUCCGGCAACGGGAAGUCUUUAAGGUCAACCAGAAUAAAUCCAAUGGCUUUCUGCGAUCCUGCCUGCAUCUUUCUGCUGAAAAGAACAUGAAGCAGGUGGAUAUUAUAAAUAAGGAAGAAUUAGAUAAAGAAAGAUUUCAAGUCCAUUACGGAGUACACAGCCCAGGCAAAGCGAAGCGAUUGUCAUCUUUCAAGAGAAAGGGUUGUCCAGUGGUGGAGGUGGGCUUAAAGCUGCACCGCAAAACAUCAGAUGUAGACCGUGACCGUGUCCGCGGCAUGGCCAACAAAGAAAAUGAGCUGACGUGCUCUGAUGAUGUGCGGGGCAUGCACUACAAUGACAACUGCGGGCUCCCUGUGAACUCUGCAGAGGCCUCCAAGAUGGCAGGGGCCAGCUCCAAGUACGGAGACCUUACUGAGUUAUCAAAGGACCAUGAAGCUAUGAAUCACAUCCUUUUCGGAAGGAAUCUGCGACUAAAAGUAGCCCAAACACUAUGGCGAAGAAAUGCCAGUGAAUUAGUGGCCUACCUAAUAAGAAUUCAAGACACAGGGGUGCUGCUUGACUGCUUACCUGUCUUAACAAACAACCUUCAAACCGAAGCACCAUGUUUGUCACUUGGCUGCUGCGUUGACCUCAUGCCCCAAGUGAAAGUGAUUCUUGCCAGUAAAUAUGAAGAACACAUAACGGUGGGUUUGCACUGGGUUCAAUCCGUCAUCAGAAAAUGGUGGCCAGAACUUUCUAAGAAUGAGAAAAGACUGCGGGACAGUCGUUCAGAAGACAGGAAUAUUGAAGUCAUGAAGCAGCGGCUGAAGGACUUAUGGAAGGAAGGAGCCCGGUUAUGUUUGGUUCCAGGAUCUACGGGAGAACUGGCAAAGGCCAUCGAGGCUUAUCUAUCACAGCUGCCCUAACAGUUGUCUAUGUAGCACUCUGAGGAUGUGACCACUACUGCCGGAUCACGGCUGUGUGUUGAACUGAUAAUGAUGCCAGAGAAAUGGACUGGUUCCUUCUGCCACUUAAACUCAAACCUCUUACUGGGACUGAACUUGACAAUUCAGACAACUCCCUCAGUUAGAGCUGGAGACUCUUUAAAGGAGGGCUGAGACAGCCUUUCUGCAAAAAAACAGCAAAUGACUGCUUCACAUUGAAGUGGACCGUCUUGUGAAAGGGCAUAUUUAGUGGACCUCCAUGAGACUGGGUGUAACGUCGCUCUAUGAAGUGCCAAGCUCUUUGUCUCUCACUACACCACUCUUUGCCAUUGAAUGCAAAUGCACUUGUGGAUGUAAUGAAUGCUCCGCUGUUUUUCAUGUUUUGCGUCUGGGUUCUCUGGAAUCAGGAACUUGAAUCUGCAACAGUCUUAAGUUAUUAGAGCUCCUUUUGUUUUCAUUUUUGCCUCUUCAUAUGACAGUUGCCUGUAUAAUGUAAAAACAAGUGAUUCUUUUAAUCUUCUUUUAAAUAAAUUUGAAGAAAAUCAAA